AUGGAGGGGUUCUACGUCCUCACGUUCAUCGCGCUCGCGAUCGGCUGCGCGGGGAUCGAGCUGAGCAAGCGCCCGAGCGGAAAGGGCGCGGCGGGAAAUCUUCCGGCGAAUUUCUUGGCGUUCAGGAAUAACUACCUCGUCGUCUACGCACUGAUGAUGGCGGGGGAUUGGUUACAGGGACCGUACGUGUACGCGUUGUAUAAGCACUACGGAUACGGCACGGGAGACAUCGGGAAGCUGUUCAUAGCCGGUUUCGGCUCGAGCAUGAUCUUUGGCACCAUCGUCGGGAGUUUAGCGGACAGGUACGGGCGAAAGCUCGCGGGUUUAACCUACGUCGUGACUUAUAUCGCGUCGUGCAUCACGAAGCACUGGAGCGAUUACGGUGUUCUCAUGCUCGGUCGAUUCUUUGGAGGCAUCGCGACGUCUCUAUUGUUCACCGCGUUUGAGUCUUGGCUCGUUUCCGAGCACUUCUCUAGAAGUUACGACCCAGAAUGGUUGAGCGGAACAUUUUCCAAGGCGAUUUUCAUCGGCAACGGUCUGGUCUCCAUCAUCGCCGGGCUGUUGGCGAACUAUUUGGUGACAGACAUGGAACUCGGGCCGGUGGCUCCGUUUGAUGCCGCAGCUACUUUCCUGGCAGUCGGCGGCGUUAUCAUCGCUCUGACGUGGACGGAAAACAAAGGAGACGUGAAAGAUAACGCAUCGCUUCAAGCAAGCUUCCACGCGGCGUGGAAAGCCAUCUUCAACGAUAAGAAAGUGCUGUACCUUGGAGCCAUGCAGUCGCUCUUCGAGGCAGCGAUGUAUUCUUUUGUAUUCCUCUGGACUCCCGCUUUGAGUCCAAACGACGAGAUCAUCCCGCACGGAAUGAUUUUCGCAACCAUGAUGGUCGCGUGCAUGAUCGGCUCGUCCUUUGCGGGACAACUUCUCGGGGACAAGGACAUGCGUCCGGAGAAGUACAUGCAGUACGUCUUCUUGGCCUCGGCGGCAUCCUUGGCGUUGCCAGUCGUUCUCAAGAUGUUUCCUUUCGAACAAAACUACUCUUCCGGGCAAUCUAUCACGUUUGAAGGUAAGCUAAUCAUGAUGGGUUUCCUCGUCUUCGAGUGCUUGGUUGGUAUUUUCUGGCCGAGCAUGAUGAAGAUGCGAGCGACAUAUGUUCCAGAAGAGAUCAGGAGCACAGUUAUGAACUGCUUCAGAAUUCCUCUUAACCUUUUCGUCUGUGUCAUCUUGUACAACGUCGCCUUAUUCCCGCUGACGUCUAUGUUCGCCAUGUGCUCGUUUUUCCUGAUUGCUGCUGCGUACUUGCAGCGCAAAUUGGAGAUAAUCACAAGUGUUCCGACGCGCGGUCAGACGCACGUCUAA